AUGUGUAGCGGUUUUACGUGCAUGGCUGUGAGGGUUGUGCAUUUGGACGUAGUGUACAGUUUAAGCACGCAGUCCUGCCUGAUGGCUAUCAGACGUUUCUCGAGCAAGCGAGGCACUCCCGAUCACAUAUUUUCGGACAACGCUACGUGUUUCCAUGGAGCGAACACCGUGAUGACCAAGGAGAUCAAGAAGAUCCACAAAGAGUGUGCGGAAAGGGUCACUUCGUCCAUCACAGCUUGGCAUUUCAACCCUCCCGGUACACCACACAUGGGCGGUGUCUGGGAGAGGAUGGUACGGUCCGUCAAAGAAGCUUUGAGGGUCCUGGACGAUGGGCGGAGGUUGACUGAUGAGAUUCUCUUCACGGCCUUGGCAGAAGCUGAGGAUUUAUUCAAUACACAUAUAUUCCACAGGAGUCCGCCGAUGAAGAAGCUCCAAAGAAACACCAAACCAUUUCAUCCGUGGAACAGUGGCCAAGAAAAACGCAGUUUUGGUCAACCCGGAUCAAUAUUAUGA